AGAUCACUGCAGAUCCAGCAACUGAGCCCACGAGGGCCGCGCCAUGGUGCGCUGUGUGAUCGGUCUGGGGGGGCCAUUGUCCUCGCAGUUCCCUUUAGUGCGUGCCCACGUGGGCCGCGCCUUCGUGGAGCACGUCGCCGAGACGCAGAGCUUCGGCGCUUGGCGGUCCAACAGCGUGGCGCUGGCGGACUUCGCGGAGCACGGCAGCGGGGUGGUCCUGGUGAGGCUAUGGGCAGACUGCACCAAGGAGACGGUGCAGGCGUCUGUCGCGGCCAAGCAGGCGUUGAAGUAUUUGGGGGUCCGUUCUCCAGAGCACUUCGUGCUCGCUCAUGCGGAGACACGGAAGGCCUGUGGACGUUUCCUUUGCGGCGAGGGGAACCACUUAGCGCCUGCCUGGGCCAAGCCCAUCAUCGACGCAGUGGCCCCGGAGUUCCGCCCCGGGCGCAAGGCCAUCGAGCAGCCCUUGCGCAUCAUCUUCGGCGUGGGCGCCCCAGCGCGCUCCAACCUGGCGCCGUCGCCCGCGCAGUUCGGGGACGCCAGGAUGACCGCGCGCGAGGCCAACGCAGUGCUGCAGUCGGCCUUCCCUGCGGCCUUCGAGUGGUUGUUGAAGAGGUGGUUCGGCCCAGAUGCCGUCACGGACGGGGCGGUGCUGCGGCGGCGGCUGGCGCAAGACGUGCGCCGCAAGGAGCUCGGAUUGGAGGAGCAACGCAUCAAAGCAGGACGCUGAAAAGGGCAUCGCUAGGGUGGAGCAAGAAGCUAGGGUGGAGACCAUCGCUAGUAGGUUGGAG